AGCGAUCUAACCAUUUUGUCCACCUCUAGCUGGCAGUGAAAUGCCAAAGGCCGUAAAAUUUUUUUUCGUUUCCCUGUAACUUUCUUGUCGUAUGUUGCUUUCGAAAUCGAAUCGAACCUUUUUUGUUAUAAAAUCCGCGAUCAGAUACUACCGUAAAUAUGGAUACGGAGAAGUCUAGCAGCAGCUCCUUCGAAGACCUGACCAACGCCGAGGACACCAAAGACAUCCGCAAGGUGGCCGCGGAAGAAGCUGCCUCUGGAGAUGGAGCAGCACUACCGUCGCCUCCGGAAGAAGAUAAGAAGGCGGCGCCGCAGGAUGCUGAAGACCCCGAGGACGAAUGUGAUAUACUGGGUAACAAGCAACUUAUAAAGCGCACCAUUAAGAAGCCGCCGGUGGAUGGAGGUAGGCGACCGCUGCGCGGCGAGCUGGUCACUCUGAACUUCACCGGCAAGCUGGACAACGGCAAGGUGGUCGACGACGAGAAAAACUUCCAGUGCCACGUGGGGGACUACGAAGUCGUGCAGGGAUUGGACAUGGUGGUGCCCAUGCUGCAGGUCGGUGAAGUGGCCCAGGUCAGCGUGGAUCCCCGCUUUGGGUAUGGCUCACUUGGCCUGAAAAAGGAGGGGGAAUCCGAGUACCUGGUUCCACCCGAUUCGCACCUAACCUACGAAAUUGAGCUUUUGGAUAUCAAAUACGAAGACUUCGCGGACCUCAAGACGUUCGAAAUACUGCGUAAAUAUGGUACUCGCAAGAAAGAACGCGCCAACUUCUUUUAUAAGCGUUCGGAGUUCACAACCGCCAUUCACCUGUACAGACGUGCUCUUGACUUUCUGGACAAUCGAGAUGGGGAUCCGGAAUCCGAGUUCGACAAGGAAGAUCUGGAUCUUUCGAACAGUGAUACGCAGGCCCUGCUGGAGGAUCGGUUGAUAGUCUACAAUAACCUGGCCAUGACUCAAAUCAAGAUCGCUGCCUUCGAUGCAGCGCUUCAGUCUGUGGAGCACGUCCUGCGCUGCCAACCAAACAACUCCAAGGCCUUGUAUCGCAAAGGCAGGAUACUGGAGGGCAAGGCUGAUACCCAGGGCGCCAUUAAGUUGUUGCAAAAGGUGGCCACUCUCGAACCCGACAAUCGAGCCGUUCAAUCGGACUUGGCGAGACUCUUCAUCAAGGCUCGCCGCGAGGAACACAACGAAAAGGAGAUGUACCAGAAGAUGCUGGGGCAGGCUAAGAAAAUGGAACAGAAGACUGCCACCAGGCAAAAACAGCCCCUUGUCGACAACUCGAAGUUGAAGUUGCUGGGCUAUCUGAUGGGUUCUAUCUUAAUUGGAGUGGCUGGCGUCGCUAUUUAUCGUUACAAGUACUAAGGACAAGAAUUGCACAUGAACUACUGGUUACUUUAAGCAAUUGAAAUGCAUUUUUUAAGGAUAUAUAUAAAAGGCAAAAUUAUGAAUGUUGGAAAGCCGCAGUUGCUUAUUAUAUCGAUAUGGCCCUUGUUAUACAUUUAAUACUAUGCACACUUCACAAUAGUAUGUAUCUUUCAAAUGGAAUGGUUUUGGACAUCGUACAUAUAAUGUUAAAGCCUAAGUUUAAUCAAUUACAUUCUUUCAGACGUGUACUGAAAAUUGUUAAAAUAAACACAAUUUUCUCAUCAUAGGAAUAGAUUACCUUAUUUCAAUAUACAUGUUUCUGUUCAAUUCAAAUCAGAUUCCUGAAAUAUUAUUUAAUAAGACAUGCUUGGAACACAAUUUAACCCCAAUCGCACCAUAUUUAUGAUCUAGCCAAAAAGUCGUUUAGCCUACGAGAAACCAUAUGGAUGCAAUGAUUUUGAUAAGCAACACUGAUUAGAAAUCCCAUUUUGUAAAUGUUAAAUAAAACGGGUUCGAUUGGA